CAGUGCAAUGCAUUCUGACGUUUCUCUCGCUCACACAGCUGUUGAGGUUGAGGAGCGAAGCUUGCGCAGCUCUGCAUGAAAUUACUGAUAAUUCAAAGGCGCGCGCCGAGAACACCAUGCAUCCUGAUUUGGAACAGCCUGGAGAGGGGGUGUCCAUACCUUUCAUGUGCUGUCGGAGAAAACACUUUGCGUAAUUUACCCAGGAAUGCACCUUGAAGAAGGCAGCCAUUCUGGAGCCGAGCGCUUUAUUUUGAAACAGUGGGUCUUUUCCAGUCAGUUUCUGCUUCAACGAUCUGUUUUCAAUAAGGAUGUACAGAACAUCUAAUCAACCAUAAAAGGCUGGAGAUAUCAAAGUGGAAAUGUUACUGUAGGAAAUAAAGUGGGGACUGUGACUGUGCGCAUUCUGGUUUCUCCCAACGAAAGCCAGUAGUCUAUAUGGUUACGCGCACGUUGUGCUUUGUGAGAACAAGACAUCAACCAACCGAAGAUGGUCCGGUUUGUUCUUUGUGCCUUAAUAUUAGCUUUGGCUGACUUGAAUUAAAGAAUAACUGUAGACCUAUAUAACAUCCGUGGAAUUGACCGUUUAUUCCCCACCGUUCAAAUGCUGGAAUGGCUAGUGGUUUUGUGUAUUGUGAUUCUGGUGGCCGUUAUUUGGCCAGCUUCGAAAUAUUUUGGUACCCAGGGCGAGCCAGACGCACUCCUCCAGAGGCUCGGAAUUUCACGGCGGCAAACGAAGGAGAGGGUCUCGGAGAGGUGCGUCUCAGACCGGGAGGUCCCGGGGGACUGUGCUAAUGCCCAGACACCGGACUUGGAAGGUGAGAAUAAAGUCCCCGCUGUUGCGCUGAUAUGCAAACCCUCGGCGCUGGCCAACUAUCUCCUCAAACACUGCAGGACUUUCAGCAAUUUCACGGCGUGCACCGGAUGGACAUGGCGGGCGAGUGCGUUUCUUCAGACAGUCUACGGCGCGUGCUGGCCGUACAAGAGCCGGGUGCAUUUCGUGCGAGACUACUUGCAGUUGAGUGACGAUGGUCUCGUGGCACUGGACUGGGCAGUAUCGGUGGCCGGUGCGUCGUACCAGAAACGGAGGAGAACCUCGAGUAAUUCCACGAGCCCAAUCCUCCUCAUCAUACCCAACUCUUUCGGGAAAAUCACUAGAAAUGUGCUGAAGCUCUGUGAGGUGGCGUUGUCCCAUGGCUACCUACCCGUGGUGUUUAACCGGCGCAGCCACAACGCCACCCCCCUCAGCACCGUCAAGCUGCAGCAGUUUGGUGACCCGGGUGACCUACGCGAGGCCGUGCGCUACGUGCGCUACAGGCAGCCUGUGAGCCGGCUGUACGCGGUGAGCGAGAGCACCGGGUCCGGUCUCCUCCUCUCCUACCUGGGAGAGUGUGGUUCAUCCAGCUACGUGACGGCCGCCGCCUGCCUCUCGCCAGUGUUCCGCUGCCAGAGCUGGUUUGAGAAAGGACCCAUCUGGCCCCUACACUGGGCUCUGGUGACUUACCAGAGGAUAUGCCUCAGCAGGUACAGGACAGUGCUGGGUGAGACAGUGCACACCGACACCCUUUUCUCCAGCUGUUCCCUGCGUGGCCUGGAGGAGGUGCUGUUCUGCCAGCAGCCAGGCCCUAAAGGAGCCCUGGCCCUAGCAGUGGGCACCAGCAGCAGCAGUGGGGGAGCCUGGGAGGCCUACUGGGAACGCAAUGAACCCCUCCGGGACGUAGACGAAGUCGCCAUCCCCGUUCUGAGUGUCUGUGCUCAGGAUGACCCUAUCAGAGGAGACCCCCAGUCUACCCUACCCCUGGAACUCUUCGAGAGCAACCCCCACUUCUUCCUGCUGCUGACCACCAGGGGGGGACACUGUGGCUUUAACACCCAGGAAGGGAGUGCUUUCUCUGGGGGAGUGACCAGUGGAGGGACCCCUGGGACUAGCUGGAGUCACCAGGCCCUGCUGGAGUUCUUCAGGGCCACCACGGACUUCAUUGCGGCAGAGGAGAGGGCUAAGCAGGCUGCCAGACGGAGGGGCCUGGGGGGUAGCAGCCAGGGCAAAGUCUUCAGACAUCGUAGUGUCAGUACCUGUAAGAGGCUGCCCGCAUGCUCACAUAAUAUACACACUAUCUACAACUGGCAGAGGUCUUAUACACGAUGAGCUGGGGUGAUGAUAUUGGAUAUUAUGGAUGAUAAGGGAUUGAUAUUAUGGAUGAUAAGGGAUUGAUAUUAUGGAUGAUAAGGGAUUGAUAUUAUGGAUGAUAAGGGAUUGAUAUUAUGGAUGAUAAGGGAUUGAUUUUAUGGAUGAUAAGGGAUUGAUUUUAUGGAUCAGAAGGGAUUGAUAUUAUGGAUGAUAAGGGAUUGAUAUUAUGGAUGAUAAGGGAUUGAUAUUAUGGAUGAUAAGGGAUUGUAUCUGCAGAACAAGAGAGCUUUGCAUUUAAGGGCUGAAAAUGAAUGUGUGCCCCAGCCACCUGGGUAAUUGUUGGAACAGGGUUUCAUCGACACACACACACUCUCAGAAAUUGAAGAUGAACACUUCAAAACACACUAGGGGUAACCAGAAAAGUCUGUGUGUGUGUGUGUUUGUGUGCGUUUGUUCCCGCCCGAUGACUGUCCAAAAAUGCCCAUCUGGACACUGGACUACCAGUAUUUCUCUGACGAGCCAAUCAGAUUCAAGAGGAAAAUUUGUGUAAUGAUAUUGUGAUAUUUUGCUGAACUGGGUGGAACCUGUUGGGUCUGUGGGUUUUCCCACAUGUUGUAAUUCAAACUCUGACUGAGGUUUGUUGAAUGUAGCUGGAAUUUACAACUUUGAAUUGGCACUGUUAGUGACAUGAUGAUUUUCCUGUAGAUUUCUCAACAAUGUUAAACCUCUGUUAAAUGAUGUGAAUGAUUGGUAAGGAACAAUGUAAUAAAACAAAACUAUGAGGGAACAUGUAUCAUGCAAGCAUUUCAUUUUGGUCACAUACUGUAAUUAUGUCUGGACACAAAUGAACAGUAACACUGUAACAUUGUAUGAAUUACAGUUACUGUAUGUGGAACUUUAAGUACUGUACAAUACUUUACGUGUCAUACUUUGAGACUAUGUAAAGCAGAGUUCUAUUUGUCUGAGGAUUCAUAAAACGCAUGGAGUGUUUUCCAUUUAGACCACUAAAAUAGCUGUAUGCCCAGAGCGAUGCCACUGUCAUUGUGUGUAUGUCUGUGUGUGUGUGUGGUGCGCGUACGUGUGUGUGUACCUCUGUGUGUGGGUCUUCGUGUGCGUGUGUGUCUGUGUGAUCUAAUUAGACAUCUCUCCGCAGUGUGUCCCUACAGAUCCUCAUCCACUCAGACAGCUGCUACUGCUGGACCAUAGCUUCAGUUAACAUCUAACCCUUUACAAAAUACACUCUACCUUUCCUUGGAGGCAUCUUUGGGAGCAAUUUCCAAACGCCUGAAGGUACUAC